GCCUUCGACUUCUACAGCAAAAAGCCUAUGAGAGGAUUCGUAUCGACUGUGACCCUCGAAAGCUGCAAGCCGCCGGCGCUUUUUGAUCUCUUUCUCGCUGGGUACCCAGUCCACGUCAUGCUCCGAUUCAGCGGAAGCAGUGGUAUUGGUCUUCCCAGGUGUCACUCGUUGUAACCAGUCUAGUGCUUGUUGUGAAAGUUGGGAUUUACUCUUGUUUUCUGGGGUCUGAGGAUCUGUGCUAUAUGCUGGCAUUGCACCAUAGCGACGGUAUCCACUAGUAGACAGACUCUGCUCGAAGGUCUCCUCUGAAGUUGCCUGAAACAAGUCUCCUUCUCAGGCGGAUCGUUGAAGAAGUCGGAUUCUGAACCAGACGAGGGACGUUUCAACCGCUUUAAAUAUUCCGGUCUACGGGCUUCCACCUCGUCUUGUCGAGUGGCCUGGUCAGCAGCAAGUUGUAAUCGAAUGCGAUGGAUCUCGCCACCAACGGGGCGUUGAGGUAUUGGCGCUUGAAGAGAUCGCGACGCCCUCGACGUCGAUGCCCCCGGAGAAAAUAUAUCGUCGACUACCAUUGGACUGUCAAGCGAAGUGCCUAUGUCUGACUGCUUCGGAGUUGAUGGAGAAUGGCCAUUCGUCUGGGACCGUCUGUCUAUGAAGGGAGAUGACAAACCCGAAUGUAGCGGCGAGAUCUCGCGAGAGACUGGUGGUGGCGUGAUGGACCUUUCCGAGCCAUUUGCAAGGGAAGAGGAGUCACGUCUAGUGUCUUUAUCGCUGUUUCUUGGCGAUGGCGUACGACUGGAGGAGACGAACGCAUCAGCGUGACAGAUUCCAACAGAAGUUAUGGUAGUCGUACAAUGGUCGUGAAAGCCGCCCCCUUCGAGGAAAAAAGGGGCUGGAUUCUGGUGUCAAAAAUGACGGAGAAAGUUGUAAUGGCUUUGGGAGGCUGGCCAUUGCCUCAGCCGGCACGCUUCGUGUUUUAUUGCGCGUGGGUGUUUCUGGAUCAAAGGAGAGCGUAGAGUAUGCAUCCUUAUUUCCGGGGCUAAGAAAAAGACAUUUCAACCAUU